UUAUUUUAUUAUAUUUAGUAUUUUAAUAAUAUUAUUUAAUUAUUUAAAUUAAAUCAGUAUAUUUGUUGAUUUUGAUAGAUUCGAAUAAUAAUUUUAUAAAUCUAAAGGAUAUGGAUUUGGAUUCAAAUACCUUCACUGUGGACUUUCCAGUAAUCGAUCCCCUAACAUUAUCUACCCAAAGUAAUUAAUUGCCUAGCAUUAUCACCCCUCUUCAUUUAUUCCGGAUUUGUGUUAUGAAACCUAGAAUACAUUUAUUGCUAAUCUAGCAUAAAAAAAGGGUUUUAAGUAAUAAAAUCCAAUGUAUCGCAAAAAAAAAACCCAUCAACUAAUAAUUUGAUGGAAAAAAUUCUCAACUUUAAUUAUGUUAAUGUUUGUCCACCUCCGUCGAUCAUCUUUACUCGAGGGGUUUAUACUAAACUUUUGUGGUUUUGAAUCACUUACCCGUAACAGUUAGCAGACAAUUAUAGUCACCUAGUAGAGAGUUAUAUUCACCAUUCACCUAUAUAGCAACAUGGCGUAGAGUGAAGAGCAACGUAGGAAAAUCAUGACAAAAUUGUUACAGUUAUACGGGUUUUUAUGCGUAUUUGGGUACUUUUCUAAUAUUGAGUUUAAUUAUGUAUAUUCAGCAAAUUGUUUUAAAAAAAAUCAAAAUUGUGAAAAAAAAAAUUAAAAAAAAAGUAAAAUCUAAGAUAUUUUUUGGGUGAAAACUGCAUUCCAAGGGCUAUUGUUGUAGUGAUACAGCUAUUCUCUUAAUAUUAAAAUUAAAUUACUUUUUAAAAUAUUCAUAUGUAAAAUAAUUUAGAAAUUCUACUUGAUAGAUUAAACGAUAAUGGUGUUCUUAAUUGAUGAUAACUAAGAUAGUUGUAACUUCCUCAAUGAUUCAUUUAAAUCUAUAUUUUAAAUCGUUCAUCACAAGUUCCAGCCUGGCAGAUGUUCUUAAUAGUAUUGACUACUGACACAAUUUUAAUUACUUUUGUUUCUUUUCAGAAAUGACAUAUUGGAUAUUGAUUUAAUUUUAAUUCUUUAUAAAGUGUUAUGAAUAUGUCUAUAUAGGCCCAUAGAUCCAUGUUUUAGACGGUUCUAAACCCUAGUUUUAUAUUCCUAUAUAUAUAUGUAUAUUGUCUAUAGAAUAAUAAUAAGAACAACCAAUUAUUUCUUUUUCUUGUUUCACAGCAUAAAGGGAUUAGUGGACAAUAGAAGUAAUCGAGGCUAAUUAAUUAUCUUUACAAGACAAUCCACACUAUGAAUUCAUAUAUUCAAAAUUAUCGAUCACAAGAUUAGGGUAAGUAUGUGCUUUGCAUAUUUUAUUAAAAUGGCCAGAUCUGAAUUAUUUUGGAAAGGGAGAUGAGCUUUAACAUUUUUUUUAUCAAUUUUAGUAAAAAAAUAUAUCUUCUCCUAUAAUUUAAAGAUCUAUAACGUAAAAAAAAUUCAAAAAUUUUGGACGUUAAAAACCAAUAUUUUACUGGAUCGUGUCCAGAUCUGGCCUAUUUAUGAUAUCACUAAAUUACAUAUGAAUUUCGUUUUAGUAGUUGAAUUGACUGUAUUUACAUCUAUUACUUCGUCUAUGAUGUGCUCAAAUUAUCCUAUAAUAACUCUCUCAAAUAAGAAAUCAAUUAUAGUUUUUAGGAAUCGAAUCCCCAUAGAUGUUAUUUCACAUAAUAAAUUUGGAUUUCAGAUUAAACUAGAUCAAAAUAAUAAAAAGUAAUAAAUAACAAAACAGUAAAUAGAGGAAUUGUUAGACAUGUGGGAAAAUGUACUAGACUUAGGGUUUUAUUCAAGUUGUCAGAACUUACAUCUAUAGAUGCUAAGAAGUUGAUCCUAAAACUCGAAUGCAAUAGUAAGAUACCCAGCUUUCUCUCUCUAAUAUGGAACGAGUAUCGAUCAAUACACCUUUAGAGUGUCGAUUGUUACGCUUUCAAACAAACUUUAAUGAUCAGAUCGAUUAGUUCACUGAGUCAAUUAAAUCAGCGUGUCACUGCGCCUAACAACCCAUUUCAACAGAAUUAUAGUCAGAUAUGAAUCUACUCUCUCAAUUGUCAAUAAUCUAAGUUCAUUUAAUUAUUAUAGAAUGCAAGCAGUAAGAUCAAUUCUGAUGAAAGAUCCUAAUAGUUCACCCUAGUAAUUCUAUAUUUCAGAAGUUCAUUCAAAAUCCUAAAAAAUCCCUAAAACUAACAUGUGAAAUACUCAAACAUGAAAGAUAAAUACAUAAUCAUAGAAAAAAUAUAAAUCAUACAUAAAACCAAAGGCAAAAGAGUUCCAAGAGGAUCAUGAAGGAGUUCUUCUCUUCUCUCCUAAUCUAAGAAAAAACUUAAAGUAAGACAAUAGAAUAAAGCUUAACCGUCAAUAAUGGCUUAGAAAACUAUAAAAACUAGGUAUUAAGUCAUCUAGAGGCAAUUCUGUAAUUUGUGGUGACUUUUUGGUCCACGUCGGUAUUGAAAUAAACUUGGCCCGUCUUCUUGCAUCAGUAUCGUUUGACACGAAGUAUUAGUGUCGAUUGACAUUUCUUCUUCGACAACUUCCUCUCGUGAGUCAGACAUACCACUUUUCAGUAAAACAUGCAUAAUUUUAGAUCUAAUCGUCAUAUGGACCUCAAACCGGUGACAUUGGAAAGAUAAUGCAAAGCUUUGUAUUGUGAUAAAAAAAUGAGCUCAAUCUCUCUGUGGGAAAGCCUCUAUCUGUAGAUACACUUUUGAAAUGGCUUUUUGUAGUCUUACACAUUAAAAAGUUCCAGAAUCUUUACAAUGAUGCAGAACGUACCUAAACUUUUAAAAACUCUAAAAUAGGCUCCAAAUGUAACGUAACAAAUUUAAAUAGAACAUAUAUUCUUACAUAAAAAAUGGAAAAAUCCAUAGUAUAUCAGUUUCAGCUGGUAAAAAAAAAGACAAAUGCUAACAUGUUCUUUUCCUAUUAUGUCAUGUGUUACUUUCACGUGGAUCCACAUGCCCUUAAAUUCGAUGCGUAUUCUAGUGGAACAUGUUGUUGGAAUUGUGUGAGCCCAUGUCCAACUCUAUAUUGUCCUAUUAGUACGAUAUUGUCUACUUUGGGCCUAAGAGCCUGGCCCACAUGGAUUUACUUUUGGGCUCCUUCCCAAAAGGCCUCGUACUAUUAGAGUUGGACAUCUCUUUUUAUAUUAGACUCUCCUUGUCUAAUUCUCCAAUGUGAGACUUAGUUUGUUAUAUCACAUUCUCUCCCUUAAACUAAGGAUCACAUUCAUCUCGUGUCCCACAACUGACUUCUAGGAUCUUUUGACCUGAUCUCUGCCACACACACCUCCCAAUCCUAACUCGAUGGGUCAUGUUCCUACUCGAAGGGUAUUUUGGUCUUCUUGCAGAUUUCUCGUCAAACCGCUCUGAUACCAAUUGUUGGAAUUGUGUGAGCUCAUGUCCAACUCUAUAUUUUCCUAUUAGUACGAGGGUACCCACUUUGGGCCUAAGAGGCUGGUCCGCAUGGAUUUACUUUUGGGCUCCUUCUCAAAAGACCUCGUACUAAUUAGAGUUGGACAUCUCUUUAUAUAUUAGACAUUUUUUUCGAAUUCUCCAAUGUGAGACUUAGUUUGUUAUCUCACAUUCUUCCCUUCAAACUAAGGAUCACAUUCAUCUCGUGUCCCACAACUGACUUCCAAGAUCUUUUGAUUUGAUCUCUGCCACACACACCUCCCAAUCCUAACUCGAUGGGUACCCAUUAAUCUCUCGAAGGGUAUUUUGGUCUUCUUGCAGAUUUCUCGUCAAUCGCUCUGAUACCAAUUGUUGGAAUUGUGUGAGCCCAUGUCCAACUCUAUAUUGUCCUAUUAGUACAAUAUUGUCCACUUUGAGCGUAAGAGGCUGGACCGCAUGGAUUUACUUUUGGGCUCCUUCGCAAAAGACCUCGUAUACUAAUUAGAGUUGAACAUCUCUUUAUAUAUUAGACACUCAUUGUCUAAUUCUCUAAUGUGAGACUUAUGAAUGGUGACCAGGGAACGACGAGGAAUAAUGCAUUCCCUAACGUUUCUAAAAAAAAUUACCAUUCACAAGGAAUAAUAAUUUCCUCUCAUUCCCUUUCAUUCAUUUUUUUUUAGAGAAUUAAAGAACAAAAUUAUUCCUUGUCAAAUUUGAUAAGGAACAACCAUUCCUUUUCAUUCCUGGUAUUUUAUUUCCGUACAUUCCUUUUUUAUUCGUUCCUCUUGUUUCCCGGAUGGUCACCAGUCGGACCCUUAGUUUGUUAUCUCACAUUCUCUCCCUCAAACUAAGGAUCACAUUCAUCUCAUGUCCAAUCGUUGGAAUUGUUAUAUCAACAAUUCUUAAUUGUUAUAUCACACAUGUUUUAGUUUGUGUAAUAAGAUUUAAAGUAUACAAAAAUUAUUUUGCCAUCUGAUCCUUACAAUUUUUAAGCAUAAAACUCUCUAACAAAAUAUAUAGUAAUGAAUUAUAAUGUUAUCGUUGUCGUUUUAAACUACUCAAAUAUAAACCCACGCGUUUCAUAUAGCAAGUGUUCUGUUAACGGAACAAGUGCUUACACCAAAACCGAUACUACUUCAAUAAAACAAAAAAAAAAAACAGAGUAGUACUUCAACCUAGGUUACGAUUAAAACAAAGAAACACAUAAACACAGGACAUAAUGCAUUGAUAAAAAAAGAGUCGCUCCAUAAAAAAACAGAGAGCUUAUGUUUGCCCCUGGUAUGUAUCGUUAUAUGACAAUAGAUUUUUAUUUAUUUAGGAUUAUACAUGGAACAAAAUAAAGCAAGUAGAUCACUGAUGCUCCAAUGAGAGAGUAAGAAAUUAAGGUCAACACCAGAUUUUAAUUGCUAAAAGUAUAAAUUAGAUGUUUCCAGGCCAGCUUCCUUGUUCAUUACGAGCAACUCCAUCUUGAAGAACGUUAAAAAUAUUUUACAGAUUUUAUAUUAAUAUUUAAUAUAAUUUGAUUAAAUAAUUAAAUUUUAUUUUAUGCAUGGUUGCAGAGUAUUUGAAAAACAAAUUCAUAUGAGAUUUCUCUUUCUCUCUCGUUUUAUUUUAUUUUAUAUAGGUUAAAUACUGAGUUAAAAUAGAGUUUAUGAAGCUGCUCUAAUACAUAUGAGGAAAUAUUUCGAAACAGAAAUCAAACUUAUAUAUAAGGGAUACCUCUUAUAUCAUCUCGAUUCGAUCUCUCUUGAGUCUUGAAAGUGAUUAACUUGAUUAAAUAUGGAAGCAGCAAGAAUAGGUCUUGGUCCUAACAAUCUUCAUCUGCUUUGUAAUACAAACAAGCUCUCUCUCUUUCCUCGCCGUUUGCUUCAACACAACGCUUUUUCGUCCAAGAACCCCCUAAAACACGGUUUGUCGUUACGUGUUAGGGCUACUACUGAGAGCAGUAGUGGCGAUCUCGAGAGUACUCGUCCCUUGGCUAACUUUCCUCCAUCUUUUUGGGGAGACUACUUCCUCUCCGUUCAUGUCGACGAAUCCAAAUUUGAUGCCCUAGCGACAGAGAUUGAAUCGGUGAUGCAGCCAAAAGUGAGAGUAAGGCUCUUGUCUCCUGACAGUGGCGACAAGGAGAAGAUUCGUCUCAUCCAUUUGCUUAUCAGUCUAGGUAUAGCACAUUACUAUGAGAACGAAAUCGAAGAGAUUCUAGACCAUGCUUUCAAGAAUUUGGACGCAUUAAUUAAAGACGAAUGUGAUUUGGAAACCAUCGCCAUCAUGUUUGAGGUUUUCAGAUUAUACCGGCACAAGAUGUCUUGCGAUGCUUUCGAUAGAUUCAAAGGUGAAGAUGGGAGGUUGAAGGAGAGUCUAGGCACGGAUAUUAGGGGCAUGCUACAGUUGUAUGAAGCAGCGCAUCUAAGAGCAUCAUCUGAAGAUAUAAUGGAGGAAGCGCUGAGUUUCACAAGGAAUCACUUGGAGUCCCUGGCAAAGAGUGCUAGUCCCCACCUCUCUAAGCAUAUACAGAAGCAAUUGUACAUACCUCGGUAUCUUUGCUCAGAAAUAGUAGUUGCAAGAGAAUAUAUCUCUUUCUACGAACAAGAAGAAGGGCAUGAUGAGACACUGCUCAAGUUUGCAAAGCUCAACUUCAACUUUUGCCAGCUGACUUACGUCAAAGAGCUGAAGGAUAUAACCAAAUGGUGGAGUGACUUGGAUUUUGCAACUAAGCUACCUUUCGUUAGGAACAGAUGCGUAGAGAUCUAUCUUGCGGGCUUAGCACUAUAUGUCGAGCCAAGGUAUUCAGUUGGGAGAGUUUAUGCCGCUAAACUUACAAUGCUCUUAACUUGUGUGGAUGAUAUAUGUGAUGCAUAUGCAACUGUUCCUGAAGUUGCAAGUCUUGUCGAUGCUUUCCAAAGGUGGGAUCUUUCUACCAUUGAAGAACUCCCAAGCUAUAUGAGAAUCAUAUACCGCGAAGUGUUAGGAUAUGUAGAAGAGAUUGAUCGAGAAAUGAGGGCUCGAGGAAGAUCACAGAGUGUUCAACCUACUAUUGAUGAGUGUAAAAGCCUGGUGAUAGCGUAUCUAGAGAUAGCAAAAUGGGCACGCGCAGGUCAUGUGCCAAGCUUCGAUGAGUACAUGAAGGUUGGGUUGCUCACAGCCGGAAUGGAUGACUUGGCAGCUUACGGCUAUAUAGCCAUGCACGAUGACUGUGAUGAGAAGCAGUUGAUCGAGUGGUUCUACUCCAAGCCCAAAAUCAUCCAAGCUUUGAGUUCUUAUUUUCGUAUACAAAAUGACAUAGCCUCCUUUGAGGUAGAAAUGGGCAGAGGAGAGGUAGCAAAUGGUGUCAACUGUUACAUGAAGCAAUAUGGUGUUACCAAAGAAGAAGCGGUAGAAGAAAUGGGCAAGAUGGCUGAGGAGAGUUAUAAAAUAAUGAUGAAUGAGUUCAUGGUGUCAAACAUUACAAUGCCACGGCAGAUAGUGGUGCGAAUCAUCAAUAUUGCACGUGUGAUCGCUGUGUAUUACAGGGAGGGUGAAGGAUUCACCUAUCCCGAUGGAACGCUCAAAGACCGUCUUGCCUCUUUGUUCAUCAAGCCAAUACCUCUUUAAGACGAGAACCAGUCUUUUUAUGAAUUUGUUAUUACUUUUCGAAACAGUAAAGAGAUUUGAAAGUAACAAAGAAAGUAUCUAUUCCCCCCCCCCCACAGUUUUAACCAAUAUUAAACCAGAAAAACCGAAUUCGGUCAAAAUUAACCGCAAAUCCUCCCAAAUAUUAUUCGAGUUUAAACCGAAAUCCAAAGCAGUGGAAACU